UAGCUCAUGCCUGGCUCUACAUUUCCAAGUCCGUCUAAAAAUUGCAGCGAAUUGCAACUUACUAGGGGAUGGCGAAAAACCAAGAUCACAUUAGAAGGUCGUGGAACCUAGAAGGUGGCUGUGGUAUUGAGCUGAGGCCAAUGCUGAGGGGGCGUCCUGAGAUAGCAGGAGUUCCAAUUUUUGAUGCAACACCAGAGGAGUGGGUGAAAAGAGUGUCACAUGCCUAUGACAAGGUGAACUGGACAACUCUUCAUGUCUCUGAGAGGAAAGAGUGUCUUUACUUCUUGUUUGACUCCAAAGACAAACCAAGAUUCUUGGAAGUUGUUCAGUAUGUCCUACAUCACUACCCUGACAGUGAUAUUGAAGAUUUGGAAGGAGAAGUGAAUCUUCUACUCAUACUGCCAACUCCUCUAGCUCUGAAAGUUGUCAGGUUCAACUGCUGCAGAGCUCUGACACUGCAACAUGUCCCAAGUCUCAUGAGAAAAGGAAUCCAACCACAGAAGUUGGAGAAACUGCUACGAGCUAGUCGGGAGGGCAGUGGGAAAAAGAGACGGAAGGGAGUCCUGCAGACCCUUCAAAGCAUUCCAGAGGGUCAUGCAGGGUUUAAUGAUACUGCAGAGGCAUCUGGCCGACUAUGUGCUGAUGGACCUCAGCAACAUGAACUGGUAACAGGCAAUUGGUGUUAUAAUCAAGCUUUGUUCACUUAUAGUCUGGAUCUUGGAAAAGUGAUCUCUGUUUCUAUCAAAAAGGCAUUCAGAAAGUGACGUUAACCUUUACAUCUGCAAGUGGAGUGACACUACUUCUUGUCAAUUCUAAUGUCCCAUAAUUCACAUUCUGUAAUGCAGCGCACACACGUAACAUUCUUUACAUGAGUAUUGAAUGUCACACUCAAUACUGGAAUGAAUAACACUAAUUUGGAAACCCUCGGCACACUGGACGCUAAGAGGAUGUCGAGUGUUGGCAUUGCACCCAUAUUAUGCAUGUGUGGGUCUAGCAGUAUUUUGGAAACAGGCCUGUAAUUUAAUGCAGCCAGAGUCAGUUUGAUAGCUCAAAAAGCUUGUAGUUUAUAAAUAAUUCCAUGUUGGUCGUGCGUAGUUAACACUGGUGAGGAAAGACACAUUCCUUCAUGGCAAAGUUGUUCUGCUCGUGAUACAAUAAUAAUAUUGCAGAACAGCACCACUCUGUUCUGCAUUAUUGUCAAACUCUCAUAGUCAAGUAUUUCCAUUGCACCCAUUAGCUGUAAUUUUGGACCCAUGCCUAUAGUUUCAUGCUGCCAGAGACAUGUGUACGUGUGCCAGCUAGCAAACUAGACCAAUUUUAGGUAUAAAUUAUUGCCAAGUAUUGUAACCCCCAUUUUCCUAUGGACUUAUAAGGAAGCUCUGAAAACAUUAAUUAAUGUUUCCGUGGCUGGCUUCUAUGUGCUUGUAAUGUGUGCAUUAAUUGUUUUAUCAGUCUUUGCAGCUUCAGUCAUACCAAUUGAAACUUACAAUGACCUCCAAUGAUGUAAAGGAAUACAUUGAAUCUGUACUAGAUGAGACAUAUCGCAAAUCAUGCAGACACCUCGACAGCUAUGUCCAGAGAAUGCUGUCUCUCUGUGAGUCUCAUGUCAAUCUCAACGACGUCUCCACAUCUCACGGGACACUGCUGCAUGCUGCUGCAAAAUUCGGUCUGGCUGAGUCAGCCAGGGAGAUGCUGGCCCAGGGCUACUGCAACAUGCUCCUGGAGAAUCACAGCAACCAGCCCAACACCUGGCCUCUGGUGUAUGCAGUGAUCCACAACCAGUGGUCCACUGUGAAAGUCCUGUUGGAAACCCUGAGCACAAGCCAGAGCAAGACACAGAUUAGAGUGCUGCUACAGACAAUUGAUUACAAGGACAUUCUGCAACAGCUCUCUGACUACAGGCGGCCGUGGUGGCUAUGUCGCAGAUUUCGACGUGGAGAUCUUCAGGAGAAGUUGCAAAAUGAAGGAAGGCUUCUUCUGCUGAGGUCCGUUCUAGACACAAUGGUGAAGGGUUGUGAAGUUGAUCCAGCCCUCUUAUUUGACGAUGAAACUGAUGACAUCACAAGCGACCCAGGCGGUGGAAGGACUGUGGGUGCAGCAGAGUCUGGUGAUACCAGACACACAGACCAACAAGAUGGUGUGAAUGUGAUUGAAACUGAGAAAGAGAAGAGGUCACUUUACAGGCUGAUAUCAGAAAGUGAUGUUGAGGAGCUGAAGUGUCAUCCUUCAUUUGCAGCCAUCGUGCAGCACAAAUGGAAGCAAAAUUAUUAUUCCGUUUGGCAUGGGGCACUGUUUGGAAUAUACAUAGUCUUUAUCGUCCUUUUCACAAUGGCAUCCAUUCUGGCCGCUCAGUCAUCAGAUCCUCGAUCAUACACAUCCCCAAGGGACUUUGUGAGGCUUUUUAUACUGGAGAUUACGUGCUUGCUCUAUAUCCUAGUGGUUCUUGUUGGUGACUCAAUACUCUUUAUAGAUGAAGUUCGCAAUUGUGUUCAUUCACGAAAGAUGAUUUUCGACUUACUAAUAGAAAAGAUAAGAUUGUACUUCCUUUUCGAACUGUUGAGGUAUUUGUCCAUUUUUCUCAUCAUUGUGCUGCGGAUUGCCAACAAUCCUCACCAAUGGUGGUUGGUGUCUCUUGCCAUCAUACUCUGCGGACUUAGAAUCUUCCACUAUGCCACUGUAUUACCUUUCAUGGACAAGUAUGUUGGGACUCUCAUUCUCAUGGCGAAACAUGACCUACCGAGACUGCUUGGAGUGUUUCUUGUCAUCAACUUUUCUUUCGGCACUGGCCUCUACUUUGCUCUUGUGGACCAUUACAAUGAUGACAAUGUUGAUGAUGCUAAUAACAAUUCUACUAGUGAGGUGUAUAAUCUGUGGCUGACUGGAGUGCAGAUGGUUAUUGAGGGAAGUGUUCUCACAUACAUUGGUAGAGAUGGCUUCAACACACCAGGACAAAUUGUCUACUGGCUGUUUGUCUUCUGUGUGACUGUGGCAUUUGCUGCCAUCCUUAUUGCUCAGUUUGAGACCAGCUUCAAUACCCUCUCUAACAGAGCAAAGAUGAACAUCGUACUCAAAAAGUUGGAGAUCAUGCGCAAGAUGGAACGCUUCCGUGAUGUGUUUGGAUGUGUCUUUAGAAAAAUACCUUUUAUGACGUUUACUCAUGGGAAUGAGACAGAUUCCGAAGAAUCUGGCGUUAGUGAAAAUCUAAUUUAGAUUCACACAUACAGAUGUCCUUUUUCUGUUACAGGAGUCUCAAAAGAGUAUUAGAAGAACAGCAUGGGAUGAUCUGGAAAACCUGGAAGUGAAAGACUAUGUUGUUUCUAAACUGAGUAGAAAGCUGGCAGAAAAUGAUAAACGAGUCCAAGCACUGGAGAUUAAGAUGGAAAAAAUUUAUAACCUCCUACUCUCUAUGAAAAAGGAAUGAUAUUUUACUGAUAUCCAUGCUGUACUCAAUUUUGACUUUCUUAGUCUCUUAACAAAAAUGUCUAUUAUUUUUAUCAUUGGGGGUUGCCUCAUUUUUCUCGUCUCGCUAAAAACAUCAGACAAGGAUAUAGGGAUGGUGUCAUGUAGC